AUGAUGGACAGCUACACCAUCCAUGGGCAGCUGGAGCACCUGCAAUUAAAGUGCAUUGGCACUCCCCGGUCCUCCAACACCAAGUGGGAGUGGCUGGUGAACCAGUACCAUGACUCCUGCUACUCCUAUAUAGGCCACUUCGACCUCCUCAACUACUUCACCAUUAUUGAGGAGAGCAAAGCGUGCAACCUGAUUGAGCAGAUUCUGCAGCCAUGUGGGCUGCCAGCAGACAAAUCCGAGGAGCACUGA